UUGAGAAUCAGGGUCCACAGCCCGUCACGGAUAGUAGACCUAUGCGUUCAAGUUAAUUUGUUCCCUUUUCUUCACCAUAUAAUAACGACUCUUCAAGGCAUAGCUUCCUGGGGUAUAAAUUCCUUUGGCAAUUAAUCCAGACAACUCAGAUAAUAAUGAAUUUGUGUGAUAAACAAUGCUAUUGACAAACGAUUAGAUGGAUACAUUUUGUUAACGAGGGCCAUACCAAUUUGCAUACAGUGUAAAAUGGAUGUAGCCAUGCUACUCGGUUUCACACAAAGCUGCUUGGAAAUUGCCUGGACGUGAAGUCAUUCAUUUAACCCUGGCUCCAUCAUCUGACACCAGCGACGCAGCAUCCUUUGGCUUCCUUCCUCCCAGCAUCGUGUCGCGCUGUUAGCGGAGCCUGUAGCCUUGGAAACACGGGGCUCCCGGCGGCCAGGCGUUCAGGUGCGUGUGGACCUCUGGUGCGUGAUUUGGGGACAGCGUUGGACAUGUUUACUACGUCUCUGGUUCAGAGAGUCUCUUCAGAGUUUCUCGUUCAAAGUGACGACAGAGUGGGAUUUAAAGCAGCAUAGCAGGCGGCUCUGCAACCCCAACUCGUUUGGAAUAUUGUUUUUGGGAAGCAGGGAUUUACUUUAACCAAAUGGAGUGAAACCGGAUAGCACUGCUGGAGCUUUAAGAUGUGGGUGCAAAUUGGAUUUCACGACAACAUGAGUGAUGCGAAUCUGCAUUUCAGGAUUUGCUCUGUUUUUAUCUCACACCGUGACUGAGUACUGGAUACUGGAUACGGUGUCGCGUCCCUGGACGGAUCGACCCACAGUCUCUGAGAACCAACUGUACCUGUGCACUGCUUAAGCGUGGCGGUCUAGAGAGGCUCCGAGCUCAUCCAACCCCCCCCCCCCCCCCCCUCCACCCUCCAGACCAACAAAGAGUAGCUGAGAUGUUGGUCUGAUCACAAGGGACAGUCCAUGCGCACUGGGACCCCCCCCCUCCCACGCUCCCGACAGUGGAUCCAGUCGGAUCGUCAUGGCACUCGCUGAUUUAAGCUUUUCAAUUCGCCGCCAUAAAGACCUUGGUCUGCGUUUCCUGCUGACCCCCUGUGGUGCGGGGCUGCUCUAGCCCUGGACUCACGUCCCCCCACACUCUGACAGUUUGACCCCCUUCAAUCUGUGACCACACACACACACACACACACACACACACACACGUUUGCCAAGCAGAGACCUCUGGCCCCACCCAGCCCUGACUAGGAGAUGGCUCGGCCGGGCUCGGGGGUCAGCGGGCUGGGGUUCCCCCCCCUCCAGAACCUGGCCCGGGUGGUGGUGUGGGAGUGGCUGAACGAGCACGGGCGCUGGCGGCCUUACAGCGCUGCCGUGUGCCACCACGUGGAGAACGUCCUGAAGGGGGACGCCCGCGGAACGGUGGUCCUGGGACAGGUGGACGGCCAGCUCACGCCCUACGUCAUCGACCUGCAGUCCAUGCACCAGUUCCGCCAAGACACAGGCACCAUGCGUCCGGUGCAGAGGAACUUCUAUGAGCCGUCGUCGGCGCCGGGCAAGGGAGUGGUGUGGGAGUGGGAGAACGACAGCGGGUCCUGGACGCCGUACGACAUGGAGAUCUGCGUGACCGUCCAGAACGCCUACGAGAAGCAGCACCCCUGGCUGGACCUGACCUCGCUGGGCUUCGGCUACCUCAUCGACUUCGGCAGCAUGGUGCAGACCAACCGCCAGAGCCAGCGCAAGCGGCGGCUGCGGCGGCGCAUGGACCUGGCCCACCCGCUUAUCAUGGGCUCCAUCCCCAAGUCCCAGUCCUGGCCCGUGGGCGCCAGCUCGGGCCAGCCCUGCUCCUGCCAGCAGUGCAUCCUCGUCAACAGCACCCGGGUCGCCUCCAACGCCAUCCUGGCGUCGCAGCGCCGCAAGCUGCACGGGGCCGGUGGGGGGGCGGCGGGCAAUGCCGGGGGGCCGGCGGCCAGCGGCCUUGCCCUGACAACGGUGCGGCAGAGCAACACCUUCGCCGGGACCUCGCUGUGGUCGCCGUCCGGCGGCUUGAACUGCAACAACAUUAACAUUAGCGUGGGAGGAGGAGUUGGAGGAGGAGGAGCAGAGCAGGCGCAGUCCACCCUGUCCCGGGCGAAUUUCCCGUGCAACCCCGUGAUGCCUGGGCUCACACCCGCCCACGGACACCACGCCUUGACGGUCAACGGGCAGAACAACCUGAACCGUCCGGGCACCCAGCGGGCCUCCGUGGGGGCCGCCAGAGGAGCCAUCCCACCAGGGGUCCCAGCCCUCCCAGUGAAGAAUCUGACAGGUUCUGGACCAGUCCACCCAGCGCUGGCAGGUAUGACCGGCAUCCUGCUGUGCGCAGCGGGCCUGCCGGUGUGUCUGACCCGGGCCCCCAAGCCCGUCCUGCACCCCCCCCCCAUCAACAAGGGGGACAUGAGGCCGGUCCCGGGGGUGAACGGGACCCGCCGCAAGACCAAGAAGAAGCACCUCCGCAGGGGCAAAAACCCAGAGGAUGUGGUCCGGAGAUACACAGAGAAGAUUAAAGUAGUGCCUGAUGAGGACUGUACCAUCUGCAUGGAGAGGCUGGUGAUGUCAUCGGGCUACGAGGGGGUCCUGAAUCAGAAGGGCAUCAAGCCCGAGCUGGUGGGCAAGCUUGGCAAGUGUGGCCACAUGUACCAUCUGCUGUGCCUGGUGGCCAUGUACAACAACGGCAACAAGGACGGCAGUCUCCAGUGCCCAACUUGUAAGGCCAUCUACGGGGAGAAGACUGGAACCCAGCCCCCAGGGAAGAUGGAGUACCACCUCAUCCCCCACUGCCUGCCCGGCUAUCUGGACACCAAGACCAUCCGCAUCGUCUACGACAUCCCCGCUGGCAUCCAGACCCCUGAGCAUCCCAACCCAGGGAAGAAGUUCAGCGCUAGGGGCUUCCCUCGCCACUGCUACCUCCCCGACAACGUCAAAGGACGGAAGGUGCUGAAGCUCCUGAUCAUGGCCUGGGACCGCCGCCUCAUCUUCACCAUCGGGACGUCCAGCACCACGGGCGAGGGGGACACGGUGGUGUGGAACGAGAUCCACCACAAGACCGAGUUCGGCACCAACUUGACGGGCCAUGGCUACCCGGACCCCAAGUACCUGGACAACGUGCUGACGGAGCUGUCGGCGCAGGGCGUGGGCCGCGACGACACCGCCAAGGACUGAGGAGGACCCAGGACCGACCCCCACGCCGGACCCCCCCCACCCCCGAGACGGAGCCCAGCAGCCAAACCCCUCGCUCCAUCGACCCAGGCCUUUAUUUCAGUCACUCAAAGCAGGACCGGGCUGGACGCUUUUUUGCUGGGUUUUCUCUCUUUUGUCACUCUGUCUCUCUCUCUCCCUCUCUGUCUCGGUCUCCUUCUCACUCUCUCUCUCUCUCUCUCUCUCCCCUGCCGCCCACCCCCCUAGAGAGAAGGCCAAUGGGAGUCAGAGGCCACGGCAAGACCGCAGCAAACACCCUGACCUCAGUGGGAAGACCGCAGAGAACAGAUGGUCCACAUGGUCCACGGAUCGCUGGUUAUUCACUUUAUUCAGCUAAUCCUGGUCUGCAGGUUUUCUUCGUUACCUCCCUUAAUGGCUGUCUCUGAGGCCACUUGUUGGAGACUGAGGGUCUGUCAAUUAUAUUGGAAGGGGAUUAAGGAAGGCACAUACGUGGAGAGGAGUAGCCUCCCGCUGGUUUUCCUGGCAGGUAACUGAUAUGGUCUGGGAGAGUCCAUGCUGAAGUCCAUGCGGAAAUCAGCCUUUUCUGUACUGAAUGGAAGAGGGCUGAGGUCUCAGGUGUUGGUUAGACGUCAGCAAACGCUUUGUUCCAAACUGCAUGACCACAAAAAGGCCGCCCGGCGAAUGUUGACCGGAGAGGAGGGGGUCUUUGAUCCAGCCCAACACAUAAUGUUCUUAAUAAUAUAUGUUAAUAUAUAUAUUAAACACAUAUUUUUUUAAUAAUAUAUGUUAAUAUAUAUAUAUUAUUAUACUCUUGGAAAAUGUGCUGACAGUCUCGGGUGAAAGUGGCUGGAGAGAACUACAAUAUGCAGAGUCGGCUGAAAUAGUUGAUGACUUUCCUAUUUUCUCUAAACGUAGAAAUUAAGUAAUAAUCUAUCUCCUUUAGGACGGUUUAAGUCAUGAUUGAGCAUUUUGUUUAUGCAGAAGUUCUCGCCACUUAGGUUGUUGUCAGUUUUCUUGGCUGGAGUCGAUAGCCAAUGACUGUGGGUGUAGUUUGUUCCCCUCUGAAACAAUCGAUCUUAGAUCGCAGGAAGGAUCCGAUUAUGCAUGUAGAGCGUCCAACAAGCUGAAGGAACCUAAAAGCGAACACGGUACUGAAUGGUAAAAAACAUAUAUGUUUGGCAAUUCAACUUGUACUAGACGGACUCUGAAAGGACGGUUGGAAUCACAAGCAUCAUACAAACUGUUUGAACGCUUGUAAAUUAAAAAAGAAAAGAAAAUGUAUGCUAGUGCAAAAGGCCUCUGCGAUGAAGAAAGCGUUCUGCUUCCCGGCAUGGUUAAAGCUGUUAGUUUCUGGUUGUACCUUUGAUAAGGCUCAUAUUCAAAAUGCCGGGCCUAAGCCUUUGAACAGAGACUCUUUACAGGUCUCAGACCAGCUCCCCUCCCAGGUCUUCAACUCUCUUAUGGGACCUCUGCGUUGUGGCUGUUCUGAGCAGGCUGUUCUGAGCAGGCUUUCUCUGCAGUAGACCACCAGUCCCUUUGGGAUCCGACAGAGGGCUUGUUAGCAGUCAGGUGACCCGUGCGGACGGCGGGCCCCCCGCCCGGCCCCCCUCAGAGGCCCCUCAGCUUGUCCCUUAGUGGGGCCCAUGGCAAGGUUGUUUAUACUGGGUUGUUAGCGAAGGUUAAAGUUGUUGCAAAAAUUAUAAUUUCCCUCCCCCCCCCAGCCCCGUAAUUCCAGGCAUACAGGACUUAAAGUAAAUUAUUUUUCCUUGGAUAAAUGCAUAAUUCUCCUGAAUAAUUAUAUUCAAUCUAUUUAAACAAGCUGAGGAGUUGUUAUUGAGGAGGAAGUUGAGGGUUGUUGUGGUAAAUCUGCUCAAUACAUCUACUGAAUAUUUGGAGUUAAUCACAGUCUUCCAUAGCGGUUCUGGGCAGCGGUGUUCAUUUAGGAAUGUGUUUUAAAUCGUAUUGAAGCUUUUUAACUCUUUUAUGUAGACGAGAGAGGACCCUGUCGUAUGAAAACCUUGUAUCUUAAACAAGACAUUGCAUUGAAAGAAAAAGACAGAUCCUUAAAAUUAAAUACAAAAAGGGUAGAAUGUUCCGUGAAAUUAGUUUCUGCAAAUAUCUUUAUUAUCUAAAUUAAUUAAAAUUUCAUUAAAUAACUAAUUGUAGUUGGAGAAAAUGAUUUGGGCUCCAUAACUUCAGUUUAACCAGAUUUUAUAACACAGAUAGAUGUCUAUCAGGACGAAUGCAUACUAACGCUGGCUGAGAUUGAUAUGCCAGUAUGUCAGGGACUGUAUGGGUAUGAUGGAGCUAGUACCAGUGAGGCUUAAAUUGAUGUCAGUUAGUCUUAUAUAGAGUCAGUGCAUCCACACCUGCUGGAAAAUAUUUAACCUAUGUUUUCAUUAUCCUUGCUGGAGGUCUUCACGAGGGCAUGAGGACUUCUCCCCUCCCUCCCAGAUGAUUGAUCUUCUAUUUUCGUUCUUCUCUAGAACCAGGAGUUAGUCUAUCAAACCCCGGGAGGAAAACUAGUCAGAGUACAUUUUUGCGUUAACUUUGAUUACAGGACGGUGUGAGAGAAAACCUCCAGGUUCAUCAGGGAAACAUAUUUUUCUAAAGGAACACUGUGUACGUUUUUGCCUUACAAUAUAUACAUAUAUAUAUAAUUGAUUGCCAUAUGCUUAGGUAAGAGGAUAAUUUAAUGAUGAUAAACAAAUGGUGGUUUACCUGCCAAUCAAGAAAAUAAAGUUUCUGAGCGGAUGGUAAUUAUAAGCCAGCUAAAAAUGAUACAAAAAUGUACACAGUUCUGCUUUAGGUCAAAUACAAUAAAAUGAAUUGUACAAAUGCAAAGUUCUCGUUAAUUUUUCAUGGUUGACUCGCGCAGUGAGGAGAGAACAGGUUUAAGUGCGUAUAGGUCAUUUUGGAGGUCUUUGGAAUUGUGUUCAGAAAUAAUGAUGGACAAAAACAAUUAUUUGUCAGAAUGAUUUUUAUGCAAAUCCCUGUAUGUAAGAGCUAAUCCUUCUUAAUGUGUAGCAGAGCGCCCCUCCUUUUGGUUUGAAUGACGAACAGGAAGUGAUUCCUUUUAUGGGGUGUUGAUUCUCAACUAGAAGGCAUGUUCCCACGCUGUUCAGAGUUCAGUAUUGGAAAAAACGACACGUUUUUUAUAUAUAUAUAUAUAUAUUUGUCAAUUGAUGGGCUUUAACCAAACUGUCAAAUAACAUUCAUUAAUCCUUAUCAAGAUACAUUCCAUAGUACUUCUCACCCCAUAUUUUGAUUAAGAAGUGAAACAUAGAACAAUCCUGACUUAUACGAUGUCAUUUCUACGUAAGGAAUUUAAUGUAGUAAUCUCCACUGCAUACUGUAGCGUACUUAUAUCUACAAUAAUAUCCUUACAUUGUGUCUACAGGUGUGUGUCUGUGUGUUGUUACUCUGUGUGGGCCUUUGAAUGUAUGACAAGUUUCGUAGGUUAAUAUUUUUUAAAGACACAAGUAAUGUUCUCCCUAGAGGUGCAUGUCAACCAACAUAUGUAUGUCUAUUGAAAAUGCAUAGCUUUUGUAAAUGGAAAGCCAAUUACUCUUUAGUUCUAUAAUUCAGGGUUGCUUUAAACUAAAUAUUUGAAAGAAAAAGAUGUCUCUUUUAUCCAGGACUUUUGUUUUGUAGAGAUGAAGAUGGGGUGGCUUAUGCUCCUUCUCUCUUUUCUGCAACAUGGAAAACGUUUGGCCUUUUCCGUGUAAGAGGGGGGGUUGGCGUGUUUUGAAGCCACGAUUGAGUUUGUGAAUUAACUCUCAUUUAACUUUGAACAGCAGUUGCUAACUGAUCAUUAACCAACGAUUCACACAGAGAAAUGUCGACACCAUUUGAGUGGUCAAACUAAACAGCGAGACAUGGCGAGAGACGCUGGUCAUACUAUAAAGGGCUUCUUAACCUACCAGUCUUUAUUGAGUCGUGCUGAUGACCGUGUUGCAUGUUUGUGUGUUUCUUGUGGGAUAAUAAAUGGGCCCUCAUCAGGGGGGCCGGCUGUUUGAC